AUGGCAAUGGCUAAGAGUGGCCGAGACCGCUGCGGCGCUGCAACAAGAACUUGGCAUGAGUCGAAGUCGAACAAGCAGCAGCCAACACCGGUUGUGGUGGUGGUGGUGGUGGUGGUGGUGGUGGCGGCACUGGUGGCACUGGUGGCGGCGGUGGUGACAGAAACGGCGAAUUUCAUCACACUGACACGAAAGCUUGGGGCGGAUUUCGCGCGAUCAGGCGUCCAAUGCCGCCCCACGUCGCAUGCCGCUGACCGGGCCGGACCGGACCGGACCGGCUCAGUGAUGUCCAUCCGUCCGUCCGUCGUUGAGCGGCGUUUCUUGCAGCUGGAGUGCACCGGCGUCAAUGAACGCCUUCGGUGCUCGUUUGCUGAAUCUGACGAUCCGUCCGCCACUUCCAACCCGUUCGUGCCGAGCGGUCACUGA